AUGACAGUUUCUCAGCGACAAACUGUGCAUUACAAAAAGUACUUUUGGCUUACUCCAGGAAAGCGCACGAUAAAGGCGAUGGCAAUUGAUGCCAAAGGAAGAGAAAGUAAUGUCGUUACAAGAGUGUUUACUGUAUCAGAGCCAGAAGGAGACGAUUAUUCGAACGUAGAAGGAUACAAAUGCGCGGACGCUAUCGUGGAAGCUCAAUUGAAUCCAAAGAAACAUGAGAUCCAAUCGAUCACAUUUUCCGAGCGCGGCUGGAACGAGGAAACUCAGAAUUCAAUGUUCUUCGAGGAGCCCCUGGAACCAGAGCUGCCGAAAUGCCUCUACUGCGGAUGUGAGUACGCCUUGUCCGCUGAAGAAGCGCGUUUUUGCUCGCAAUGUUCGAAGCCAAUUCCUCGUUACAACGAAUGCGAACCUGACAAGGUCUAUCCCGGCUGCACGGGUGUCUGUUUAAAAUGCUCCUCGCUGAUUCCACUCGAUGCGUCGAACUGUCCAGUCUGCGAUGAGUCAAUUCCAGAACGAGCGGUAGAAAGCUGCCAAUGGUCUACUGGUCCACUUCCUCUCGUAGAAUACGAAGAAACUCCUCGGCCAACUCGAGACACUCCCACACCAAUCAUCCCAAAAUUCGCGAAUAAAUCCAUCCAAGCCCCGCCAAUUCUCAAAGCUCGAGCAUCAACACGAACUCUUCCUCAUCCGAAACGCUCCCUCUCCGUCAUUUCUUCUGGCUCUGGUCUUUGGAGAAAACAGCUCGAGCACAUUUUGGGGCACCACGAAAACUUGGCGGAGAAGGAUUCAGUUUACAGGCAGAAAGUCGCUGAUUUACGAAUGGGUAGUGUCGUAGAGUCGGAAAUUGCAUUGAGCGCUGACCCUGAAAGCGAUCAGCAGUGCAUGUCGAUUAUUUUGUCCUUCGCGAGUCCUGACAGUCCGGAUUAUCCGAGCUCGAAGACAUCCAGUGCCUGGGAGCUUUACAAAACAUCACCGGUUAAGAAAACAGAGACGGCAAAGCCAAAACAGAAGAAGAAACCUAAGAAAGCAGCUCCGAAAUCGACCGCAGAAAAGAUUCUCGAUGCGCUCAGCCACGAGGAAAGAAUGCUGCUGGCUGAGGUUGGCCCCCGCGGCCAGCACAGACUUGGCCAGGUUGCGCUCUUGCUGGAUAGUGGCAAGUUUGAAAAACUUUCUAGUAUUAAUUGCCAAAAUGAGAAAGGAUUCACACCACUAUAUUUGGCUGUGAGCGGCAACCACGUGGAAAUCUCCAAGCUGCUUAUAAAUGCUAUUCUGGACAAAGAAGACCAUCCUCGAAAGAAAAACACUUCUUUGAACCACAAAUUCGGAAAAGAACUCAAUUCCGUUCUUCACAUCGCAACUGAGCAGGGCAAUAUUCUUCUCGUUCACGCCUUACUUGAAGCCGGUGCGAGUAUGAAGAUGAAGAAUGCAAAGGAUCAGACCCCAUUUGAUCUUGCUCAAUGCGGAAGCAGUUCCAAAAUAACCGCUUUGUUCAACCAACAUCAAGGAAAACUUCUCCUCGAGUCUCAACUACAAUCGAAUCAACUCAUGAAGACCUUUUAA